AUGACGGUUUCUGGUGCGGUUAACGGUUUUACUUGUGGUGUUUGUACAGGGAAAGCCAGACGACGCUUACUCAGAUCAGACAACACGGAGCCCUCAAACACCGGAAAUAUAGACUCUAACACCGAAAACCGUGACCACCCGGACAUAGACUUGGAUCAAUAUUACUCAAAGAAAGGUUCAACGUCCGAGGUGCGCUCAAGUCCUAGAUUCUCCGAAGGUAGUGGGUUGUUCAAAACUGGUGAUAGUUCAGGGGAAGAAGAUAAUCAGGAUAAAACUGAUCAACAGGAUUUAACCGAGAUUCCUAGAGAAAAUCCUCAGCCAACUCAACCAGUUGAACCAGAAGUUGCGGUUGAUGAAGAGAUCGAGAUGGAGCCAAUCCCGACCAUUCCAUCUAAGAAAGUUGAGAAACCUACUGUUGAGGCAACUCCCGUGAAGCCUUACAAACCGAAGGUGCCUUAUCCUCAACGGUUGAAGCAAGGGAAGAUAAAGGAGAACUUUAAGAAGUUCGUUGAUCUAAUUCAGAAUGUUAACAUUACUGUUCCAUUAGUUGAUCUCCUUGCAGUGUUAGCUUGUAGUGAAGAAGAGCAUGAGUUGGUUGAAGAAAUGAUGCAUGAAAUCAUGGCUCUUAAUGUUGAUGAAACUCCACAGGAGGAUGAACCUUUCGAAGAAAUCAAUAAUGAUGGAAGUAUCCGAGUGCCUACAUCGGUUGAGAGUCCUCCCACAGAUUUGGAACUUAAGCCACUUCCGGAUCACUUCGAGUAUGCAUAUUUGGAAGGUACAUCUCUUCUUCCAGUUGUUAUCUCAUCUUCUUUGAUGGAGGAUGAAAAGUCUAGACUUAUUACCGUGUUGAAGGCCCAUAAAAAGGCCUUUGCAUGGAAGAUUUCUGACAUCCCGGAUGGGAUGAUAAGGAGGUGUGUAGCCGAUGAUGAGACACGCCAGAUUCUCGAUGCUUGUCACCAUGGGCCAACUGGUGGACACUAUGGAGCAUCCGUCACUGGUAAGAAAGUUUAUGAUGCUGACUUUAUGGGACCUUUUCUCCCAUCGAAUACGAAUUUAUAUAUCCUUGUUGCCGUUGAUUAUGUCUCAAAGUGGGCCGAGGCGAAAGCCUUGCCAACGAAUAAUGCACGUGUGGUCAUUCAUUUCUUGAAAAAACUUUUCUGUAGGUUUGGUGUGCCUAAGGCCUUAAUCAGUGACCGCGGAAGUCAUUUCACGAAUCACCAACUCGCUAAGGUGCUUAAGAUGACCACCUACAAGACACCAAUUGGGACUACCCCAUUUCGGUUGCUUUAUGGCAAGACUUGUCAUCUUCCUAUUGAAAUUGAGCAUAAAGCCUUUUGGGCGCUCAAGAAUUGUAACAUGGACCUAGUUGAGGCUGGUGAGUUGAGAUCUAUGCAAUUAAAUGAACUAGAUGAACUUAGGUUGUAUGCUUAUGAUAACUCCUUGUUGUAUAAGGAACGAACUAAAGUGUGGCAUGACCGUAGGCUUAGAAAGAAGGAUUUUAAAGCCGGAGAUAAGGUCUUGUUGUUCCUUUCCAAGUACAAGUUCAAGCAACCCAAGUUGACAUCUAGGUGGACCGGCCCCUUUGUGAUCAAACAUGGCUAUCCGUCUGGUUAUGUGGAAUUGUUUAAGUCAGAUGGUACUUCUUUUAUUGUAAAUGGUCACAGGUUAAAGCUUUACCAUGAGGAGGAAGAAAGUGUGGGAGUCGUCGUUGACGAGCUUCCCUUUUUCGACAUGAAGCAAUGA